AUGCCGUCUGGUUUACACCAUAUGGAUGAUAUCACUCCACCUGGGAGCUUCCUUAACCCUCCCCUCACGCCACCUCCGACCGAAAAGAAAAAAUUGUCGAGAAGUGCUCAAGCAGUAUUAGACUGUUUAGAACUUCAUCGUGCAGGUCAAAGGCCAGCACAGCCUUGGUGGCGGCACCGGCUCGUUCAGGACGAUUAUACAGAAGUGUUGCGUGUGCUAGAUGGUGACGAAAUUCUUCGAGGUUACGUGGAAGACAAAGUAAGGCUCGACUACGACCCUUUCCGUGGAGAGCAGACUCGUUCCGAACGGAACCCAGAUGCAUCAUUCAAGCACGAGAAGGCAAAAUACCCGGGUGUCAUCAUAGAAGUGUGCUAUUCGCAAAAAUUUCGCGCUGCUGCGGACUUGGCGGAUGAUUACAUCCUGGACACUAAUGGAAAUGUGAAAUUGGUGAUUGCUCUCAACAUCGAGUAUAGAGGUUCUAAAAAAGCCACUCUAUCAAUUUGGCGACCAGAAGAUAUAAUUGUGGAUGGCGUGGAGGAACUUCGCGCUAUCGCUAAGGUUGAAGAGCUGCCUUUUCGAACAGCAUCUGGACACCCAGCUGAUGAAUCAGCCGAAGAACCUGCGCUGCAGCUGGCGCUUCGGGACUUUGGUCCCACGAGCAUUUCACAGGAAUACGCCGACCUCGAUCAGAUUAUUAUGAUUUCAUCGAGGCAGCUUUGUGACUUUCUUUCGUACGCCGAAGCAGAAUACCAACAAGAAGUACUCGACGAAGGCAUCGUUGAUCCAUUCCCCCCGGGCAAGAGAAAACGCCGUCGGCCUCAAACUCCCCCUGAAAACAUAAGUUCGGAAGAAGAAUUGACCGAAACGAUGAAAGCAAUCAAACGUGGGCGUCUUGCGCGAGAUUCGUUCGGGAACAGAAUCCGGGGACCCGAAAUCUAA